AUGACAGUGGAAACUAUGUUUAUUUCGGCAGAGGUCAUACAUUGCUUUGGAGCACUGCUGAUUAAGGAACGCCUUGGACGUUUGGCUGGUCGUUGGAUUGAGCUCGACGGAGGGAUCUGGGAGCUCAUGGAUGGUGGUGUUGGUUGUAGUCUUUGUUGUGGAGGCCAUGGUAUUGAUGUUCGCGGUGGUGAUAUUGAUAAUUGUAGUGGUGGUAUUGUUUGUGGUGUUGGUGGUGUUAGCGAUGGCAGCGGUAGUGGUGGCGAUGGUGACGGUGGUCAUGGUCGUCGUCGCGCUGAUCCUGACCAUGGUGGUGCCGUUAGUUGUAAUGUUGGUUUUAUUGCCGGUGAUGAUGACUAA